AAAAACCCCACGAUGAGUAGAUUAGUAUUGAGAGAAAAAGGGGGGGAAAUUUGAGCUUGGAAAAAUAGAUUUCUCCAUAGAAGGUGUUGAAGGGAAUUGCAGGAAAAGGAUACAUUGCUGUAGUGCAGACGGAAUCCGAUCAAGGUUUAGAGCUAUACAAUUCUGAAAUUGGUGAGAAAUAAAGCUUCCUUUACAAAUGUGUAUUAAUUUUAUCUGUAAGAGACUAGGGUUAUUCCCAAAAGGGUGGCAAGUGGUGGCAGAUUCCACAGCCCAACUGCAUUUUCUUCGAAAUCCAACUCCAUUUAUCAUCAGAAGUUUCUCAGCAUCCAACCAGCAUUCUUUCACAGUGUCUUACCUCGUAAACUCAUGUGGGUUGUCACCAGAAACUGCUAUUUCUGCAUCCGGGAAGAUACACUUUGAAAACCCUAAAAACCCUGAUUCUAUUCUCGCUCUUCUCAGAAACUCUGGAUGCACCAACACCCAUAUCACCAAAAUUGUAACCAAGCUUCCUUCACUGCUCUUGGUCAAUCCUGAGAAGACCCUUUUGCCCAAACUCGAUUUUUUUGGUUCUAUGGGCCUUUCUGGUGCUCGUCUCGCUAGCAUUCUCUCUUCUGAGCCAAUUGUCUUGAUGAGGAGCUUAGAAAACGCUCUAAUUCCCAAGUAUAAUUUCCUCAAGAGUUUACAGAUCAGUAAUGAAGAUGCCAUAAAGAUUCUCAAGAGUUCAUGCUGGAUUUCUUGUGGAAAUCUGGAGAGGAUCAUAGCUACCAAUAUAGCAGUUAUGAGAGAAAUCGGAGUUCCCAUAUCCCAUAUCUCAGUUUUAGUGGCACGUUAUCACACAAUCUGCCAAAGAAGUGAUAAAUUCAGUGAAAAUGUCAAGAAGGUUGUGGAAAUGGGAUUUAAUCCUUUGAAAUUUGCCUUCGUGAAUGCACUCCAAGCAGUCUGUCAAACGACUGAAUCAACUUGGCAACAAAAAAUGGAGAUGUAUAGGAGGUGGGGUUGGUCUGAAGAUGAGAUUUUGUCGGCAUUCAGAAAUCGUCCACAAUGUAUGCAAUUGUCUGAGAAGAAAGUUACCAAGGUGUUGGAUUUCCUUGUGAACAAAAUGGGUUGGCAGCCUGCAGUUGUUGCUAGGGCACCAAUCGCUAUCUGCCUCAAUUUUGAGAGGAGGGUUGCUCCAAGGUGUUCAGUGGUGAAAGUUCUGUCAUUGAAAGGGUUGAUAAAGAAGGAUCUGAAGUUAGGUACUUUUCUGAAUCUCCCUGAGGGGGAUUUCCUGGAUAAGUAUGUAAUCAAAUAUCAGGAUGAAAUUCCUCAGUUACUAGAUGUAUAUCAAGGGAAGGUGGGUUUUGUGGAGCUAGGAUUUGGAUCUUCUUAGAUAGCGUUGUUCAAUUGCUGUAUCAACGUCUGCUGAGAAGUACUAGUGAACAUGUUCUUCAACAAACCCUUGUGGAUGUAAGAAUACAGGCAAUUUAUUGCUUGCCACCUGCUCAUGGCUUGAGAAUCCAAGUACUUGAUCUCUUACAAUUACAAUUUUCCCUGUUUUUUUUUCGAGGCAUUUCCUAAUUGAUUUUGCUUUUCUA